AUGACGAUAUCAAGACUUCCCGAAAACGAGACUCUCACGAACCUCGUGGAGUCCGACCUCAACGUCUCCGGUCUCGAGGAAGAGACGCUGCUCUCGGGCGGAAUCUAUGACUUCGAGCUGGCGAUGCCCGUGUGGGAGAUCGUGGUGACCGUCGUCUCCCUCGGCGUCAUCAUCAUCUUCACCAUCAUCGGCAACGUGCUGGUGAUCCUGUCCGUGUUCACGUACCGGCCGCUGCGAAUCGUGCAGAACUUCUUCAUCGUAUCGCUGGCCGUGGCCGACCUGACGGUGGCCGUGUUCGUGCUGCCCUUCAACGUGGCCUACAGCAUCAUCGGCAAGUGGGUGUUCGGCAUCCACCUGUGCCAGAUGUGGCUCACGUGCGACAUCAUGUGCUGUACGGCCUCCAUUCUCAACCUGUGCGCCAUCGCCCUCGACCGCUACUGGGCCAUCACGGACCCCAUCAACUACGCGCAGAAGCGCACCGUCAAGCGCGUCAUGAUCAUGAUCGGCCUCGUGUGGAGCAUCAGCGUCAUCAUCUGCCUGCCGCCGCUGUUCGGCUGGAACGACUGGCCCGACGUGUUCACCUCCGACACACCCUGCAUCCUCACGCAGGAGAAGGGCUUCGUCAUCUACUCCUCCUCGGGCUCCUUCUACUGCCCGCUGCUCAUCAUGACCAUGGUCUACAUCAAGAUCUUCACGGCCACGCGGAGGCGGCUGCGGGAGCGGGCCAAGGCCUCCAGGCUCAACCAGCUCCCAAACAGCGGAAAGGUCAGGCUUACCAAGGAGGAGGACUCCGCCGUGAGCGAGAAUGGCCAAAACGGUUACAAUGACACCAGCACGAAAAAUCUGGUGCAGAAGAAGAAGCGAAAGAAGAGGAAGACAGGCAAGGGCCAACCCUCCCCUGCGACACCAACCCUCGCCCCGCCUCCCAUUGCGGAAACCUCGGACCUGAGCAAUCCGAAGGAUGAGGCCUCCCCACUCGAUGAGAAGAAAGGUGCAGACGUUAUUGUCAGAGUCAACCCGAAGGACGGCAGCCAAAUCCACCAGUUUAUCGAGGAGAAGCAAAAGAUUUCUCUGUCCAAGGAGCGUCGAGCUGCCCGGACGCUGGGCAUCAUCAUGGGCUCCUUUGUGGUGUGUUGGCUGCCCUUCUUCCUGAUGUACGUGAUCCUGCCCUUCUGCUCCACGUGUCCGGUGCCCAACGACAAGAUCAUCAACUUCAUCGUGUGGCUCGGCUACAUCAAUUCCUCCCUCAACCCGGUCAUCUACACCAUCUUCAACCUGGACUUCAGGAGGGCCUUCGCCAAGAUCCUGAGAUGCCCCAACACCACAGCUCUGUAAGCUUAUGAAAAUAUUAUGAUUAAAAGACUAUCAAAUUGAUGUUGUUUACGUUAUGUAGUUGUUUUUUGUUUGACUACAUGAGAUACAUACUCAGAGGUGACAAAAUAUAAAAAAAUGUGAUAUUGUUGUGAUCAUUUUCGAAUAUAUAAUUUUUGGAUAUCUUAAAAACAGAUAUCAAGGAACUGAAACUACCAGAUUAAUGCGUGCAUUGUGCCAAUCCAAAUGUAUAUGAAGUUAUGCCAAAGAUUUGACCCCUUAAAAUUAUGUUAUAUGUUAAUGCUCACGUGUGUUAAAGAUAUAUUGUUUUAUGCCUUACUGACGUCACGAGAAAGUCCUGGUCCACGAAACAAAGAUGAGGAUUAAUGAAGAGAAAUCAAAUUAAUAGGAAAAGGAUAAGAAAUAUAAAUCAUAUCUAUACUGUCAGUAAAGCAAUAUCCCUGAAUGCUCAUUCAAAGGUGUGUGUAUAUUCUUUUAUAAAGAUCAUAUAUUUGAAAAUUUAUGGUCAGACCAUAUGUAUUUUAAAUCAGUGUAGAAUAAUAAUGAUACUAAACACUAGAGUCUCUCUUACGGUGAGAGUGUAAACUUAACAGUAGUGUAAUGCAGAUAUAAAGUCUUACAUAUACCAAAUGCCCCUCAUCCCCAAAUUAAAAUAUAUUAGUAAAUGUGUAUAUAUCCGUGUUUAUGACAGAUAUCUAUAACUUACGUCUAAAGAGCCCACUGUCGUAAAUCAUUCCUUAGUAUAAAAAUAAGAUGUCUAUGAAAGUCAUCGGGUGUCCAAAAAGCUAUUUCGAUAUUGCCAUUGUUAGUCACAGGUGUCUGUGUAAAAGGGUGUGCUGGGUAUGGCAUAACACGGUGUCCACAUAGUCUGUAUUUUGUGAAGGCCUGGGAGGUAUCAAUCUGGCGUUUCGAAAGCCACGAUCUGAAGGUUCUUCCAAAAGAAAAUUAUGUUUCAUUACGUUUAGAGUAAUAGUGUAUUAUCUCCGAUAGUGGGAGAUUUAUACGUAUUGAAGAACCUGCCGUCUUGUGAUACUAAUGACUCUUAAGGUUAUAGCACAUUAAGAUAUCUUAUCACAAGAUGUGAACUCCGGCAGCUUUAUUGUUGUAAUAGAGAGUGAAUACUUUCUUCGGUUUCUCGUUAUAUGAAGAAUUAGAUAUUGACAGCUGUUGUGAUAUCUGUCUAACAACGAUGUUACUGGAUAACUAUUUAAAGUAAAAUAAUAAGAAUAAAUAUAUAAGAAAGAUAUAUAUAUAUAUAUUAGAAAAACAGAUAUGUAGUGCUACCCAACUGGUUUGGGGAAGAUGCAAGUGCUAAAGGACCACUUUGUAACAAUUCAUCCCAAGUAAAACACCAUGUUUAAUUUAACAUUUCCGCUAAUGCUAUUUUGGAGUGAAUGCACUAGUUCUCAAGAAAAAGUGGACAAAUAAACGAAGAAGUUUAGAUGUAACACCAACACUGUGUAGUAGAUUAUUUGCUCUAAUCUAAUUUGUGAUAUAAUAUAUUUGAAUAGCUAAGGGAUAUAUAUAUUUGAAUGAUUUGAUUUCACAUUUUACUCAUGCACACAUUGUAUGGCUAAUAAAGGUGAUGGAAUAGACUGAAGUAGAUAACAGCGGUCUGCAUUUUGAUACAUAUUUCCUUUUUUAUCAUAUUUCCUUCUUAAAUCCUUUGGGAGAUUGGCAUCCCAAACUGAGCCCCAAAAGGGGGUGCCAAACUUCUACAUCGAUCCUUGGCAAACUGAUUUAUGUAAUUUGUGCAGUAUACCUGUAAUUGGUGAGUUACUAAAUAUAACUGUUACAAAAUCA